CUCAGCUCUUCCUCUCACCAUGUCAGAGACGCGUCAAUUUGGGGAUCUGGCUACACAACUGGUCAUAGAAUCGCGCAGAUCAACGCAUACCGAUACUCUACUCAAAUACAACGACUCUCUCGUCCGUUCCAUAAUACGCGAACAACGCGACCUCGAAAAAGCCGCAGAUGCGUUGUCUGACCACGUUGGCGACCGUCCUCCUCCUGCCUUAAUCAUCAUACAAUCCGCUAUAAAUCGCAAUACGCGCUGUCUUUUGGCCUACCACUCACAUCGCGUCGACCGUCUCAGGGACUUGUAUUGGUCCGUUGGUGGUGCCCUCCCUCACAUCCUGUCAACUCAAGAUAUCAGGAGCAAACUUUCCCCACACGAAGUUGAUUAUCUUCGUCAAUACAAUAAUUAUGUCAUGGAAUUUCGUUCCGAAUUCUCACAUGAAUUGGAUAUCACUGCAAGCAUCACCAACCCCCCCAAGGACCUACAUGUCCUAGUCCAUGUGGUAAAGGAUUGUGGUGUUAUCGAGACGGAGUUGGGAACCAUCGAUUUUCAGAAGGGGCAACGUUUUAUGGUCAGACGUGCUGAUAUAGAGCAUCUCAUAGUCCAAGGUUAUCUUGAGGAGGUGUUGUAGCUGAUUACUCGUUUUUUGAGCCAAUCAUCCCCGUGGAGCCAAAUAGUGUUGGAACAGAGAGGCUGGAACGUGGAUCAACAACGCAUUGCUAUUCAAGUCUUAGUCCGGAUUGCUCCCGCGAAGGUAUUCACGAACCGCGCCACUGACGAUAACGAGAUCACAGUGGAAAUGAGGAAAGUACACAAACUUCCCGACCAAGAGAACAG